AUGGCGGACGAGGCGGCGGCGUCGUAUUCCGCACCCGACGCGACGACGUCGACUGUAGGGGGCGCCACAGCUGAGCUGGAAUUCUCGACGUCGGAAUCUUACAUGUUGACUGCGCCGUCGUCGGACGUUCCCGUCUCGGGCGACGCCGGCGCCACCUUGCGGCUGGAUGAGGAGGUUGCGCGUGGCUCGGAGGCGGGGGAGCGGAGAGCGGAUACGAAGCGGCGUUCAGAUCGUCGCCGCAGGCCGCCGAAGUCACGUGGCUGCCACCAGGUGGCACGCAAAGCAGCGUCGCGGCGGCCGGCAGAUGGCGCCACCGGCACAUCGACGCCACGCGUCGUCAUCAGUAAGACGCCGAACGCUGCUGACGCGGACAGCGGCGCCACCUGCGGGGAGCAGUUUGGCACGGCGGCGCGGCAGCCGGGUGGGCGAGCGAGUCGCGACACUGCGGCGGCGCCCCCUACGCUCGGGUUUGCGUGCGGCACCUGCGAGAAGGUGUUUGGGGACGCGGCGGGGCUGCGGCGGCACGGCUACGUUCACGAGUCGAGCGGCCUCACGUGCGCUACCUGCGGCAAGACGCUGAAGAACGAGUUGACGCUGCGCAAGCACGCGCGCACGCACGCCGCCGCGCGCCACGUCUGUGCCACCUGCGGCAAGGCGUUCCGCAGCCCUGCGUCUCUGCGCGCGCACGCCACCCGCCACCUUCCCGAGGGAUCACCGCACAAGUGCGUCGUGUGCGGGCGUGACUGCCGCACGAGCGACUACCUGCGCGCGCACUUACGUGAUGCGCACGGCCCGCCGGCGAAGCGGCACCAGUGCGUGACGUGCGGCAAGUUCUACAAGUACGGCAAGACGCUGGAGGUUCACGCGGCGACGCAGCACGGCGUGGGAGCCGGCGUCGACGCGAUGCCAGCGUGCGACGUGUGCGGCAAGCGAUUCGCGCACCGCUCCGUGCUCGCCGUGCACGCGGCGAAGCAUGACGAGCGGCGUCCCCACGCCUGCGCCGAGUGCGCCGCCGCGUUCAAGACGGCGGUGGCGCUGGCGUCGCACGCGCGCGUCGUGCACAGCGCGGCGCGUGACCACGCGUGCCGGGAGUGUGGCAAGGCGUUCAAGACGCGCACGUACCUGUCCGCGCACGUCGCGAGCGUUCACGCGGGCGGCGUCGCCGACGCGUGGCGUUGCCGACGCUGCCCGAAGGCGUUCAAGUGCAAGAGGAGUCUCGCGGCGCAUGAGGUGAGGCAUGGCGACGCGCCGAGACACUACUGCGCGUACUGCGCGCGCGGGUUCAUGUCCUGUCGGCGCACCUGA